AUGGCAAAAAUAAUUUCUUGGCAUCACACAAAAAUAAGAUGGUUGGUAUUAGUUCUCAUUGGUGUUUACCCUUUUGUAGUGUUUCUUAUAGGAGAAUUUCCUGCACUAUUAGGAGAAUAGAUUAAAUAACACUUUAAGGUAUCCUAAGCUGAAGUCAACUAUUUAUUGUCUAUAAGGUCAUUUCCAAAUAUGAUUAUGUCAUUAUUAGGUGGUUUGAUAAUAGACUCAUUUGGAGUAGGACGUUCGUAUGUAUUUUUUAGUGCAAUAAUCAUACUUGGUUAAUGUAAAUACUUUUAAAUAAUCAUUCUAGUUUUAUGCUUCAUCUCAGCUAUAAGUUAAAAUUUCUUAAUAAUGAUGAUUGGUAGAUUAAUAUUUGGAUUGUUUGAUGAUAGUGGAUUCGUUGCAGAAAGUUUCUAUAUCAAUAAAUGGUUCAAAGGAAAAGAAAAUUCUCUGGCAUUUGGGUGCUUUUUUUAAAUUAAUUUUUAGUAUUGAUACCGCUCUAUGUAGAAUUGGUUCAAUAACUGGAGCAAUAAUUUAUCCAUAUAUUUACAUGUCCUAAGAUAAUGAUUUAACUUCAUGUUUAUUGACAUGCUUGUACAUUACUAUCUUCAGUUUUACAAUAAUCUUUAUUUUAACUCGAAUAGACAAAUGUAGUGAUCUUAGAGAUAAUACUACAGAUUUAAAAUUGGAUAGUGUUGAUCUCAGAUAAAUCAAGCAUUUUAGUUUAGAAUUUUAUGUUGCUUUAGUGAGUUGUUCAACAACUUACGCUAUCUUCUUUAUUUUUGGUUAUAAUUGUGUCGAAAUGUUUAAGCUUUUGUAAGUAUAAAAUAUUAUAUAGGUAUAAAAUGAAUCAAAGCACUGCCAAUAUCUUAUAUAGCAUUCCUCAUUAUAUAUCUGCUGUUUUGACUCCGUUAGUAGGUCAUUAUGUUGAUAAAAAAGGUAGAAAUAUAGAAAUUUUAUUAUUUGGAAGUUUUUGUUAAGUAUUAGCGGCAUUUAUUUUUUAUCUAAUGCCAGAAUGUGAUUCAUAUUGCUUAGUAUUUCCAGUUUUUGGAAGCAUAUUAAUAGGAAUCUUUUUUGGUACUUACUAUGCAGUAAUGUGGCCUCAUAUUCCUUUGAUUGUUCCAUCAAAUAUGGUAGGAACAGGAUUUGGAUUAACAUAUGCUUGUAUUAAUAUAGGUAUUAAUAAAAUAUAUAUUAGAAAUAACUAUUUUUUCAAUUGUAGUUUCUAAUCUAUUAUCAAUAGAAAAUUUUGAUAAUUACUCAAAAAUGAAUGAAUUACUCUUAGCUUUAUCUUUUUUAGGUUUUGUACCUUUAUUGUAUUUAUAUAAAUAUUAUCGUAAAUAAUACUAUAAAGGAAAUUACAUACAAACUGAAAAAGCGGAAUAGCUUAUAGAAUUGAUUGUUAGAAAUAAAUCAAAUUGA